AUGGGUGUCGGCCCCAUUCGAAUGGACCCCCUACCUAGGGAGAAACCCCUAGACGUCAAGUCGCCCGCGUCCGAACCGCUCUCUGAAGCCUCGACCAUGGCUGGCCAUGGCGGUACCAUAUUUUCGGAUGGGAAACCAUCCUUCACGAGUACGCAGGAUGAGAAGCCGGCGGUGGAAGCCACCCAAUUCUCCUUUUUCACAACUCGUUUGGACUCUGUGAUCCACGCUUCGAGCCUGUCGUCGUUGAGGUCGUUCUAUAAUCCCUUCGACACGCUCCUAGAGACCGGAUCUCACUCGGGACUGUGGUGGUUGGACGUCACCGCGCCAUCCGAUGAGGACAUCGAGACGCUCUCGCGCUUCUUCGAUAUCCAUCCACUGACCACGGAGGAUAUCAAGAUGCGCGAGUCCCGCGAGAAAAUCGAACUGUUCGGCCCAUACUACUUCUUGUCGUUGCGGCCGCCCCAGCAGAUCCAAAUGCAGGAUGGUGUCGGGACUUCGUCCCUCAAUUUCUAUGCCAUUGUCUUUCGCGAGGGCGUGCUCAGCUUCAACUUGGGGAACUGUCCCCAUCCGGGCAAUGUUCGUAACCGGAUCAAAGAACACCGGAGUCAUCUGGCAUUGACGAGCGACUGGAUCUGCUACGCUCUGAUUGACGACAUUGUCGACGGCUUCGCUCCCUACAUCAGCCGUGUCGAGACAGGCGUUGAGAUGAUGGAGGAGGGUGUCUCGAUCACUCGGCCCGAUGACAUCGGACUGGCGUUGCAGCGUAUCUACCAUUGCCGAAAGGAAGUCAUGCACAUCCGCCAGCUAUUGAACGACAAAACGGAUGUGGUCCGCUGCUUCGCACGCCACUGCGAUGCGUUUGGUUCGUCCACAGCCGAGGUAGCCCUUUAUCUCAGCGACAUCCAAGAUCACGUCCUUACCAUGAUGGGUAAUCUAUCCCACUCCGAGCAGAUGCUGUCCCGGUCGCAGUCCAAAUAUCUGGGGCGGUUGUCCUUCGACUCUACCCGUAUGCGGAACCAGAUGACUGCGACCUUGAGUCGUCUGGCGGUUAUCGGAGGGAUCUUUGUACCGAUGCAGUACACCACAAAUCUUUUUGCUAUGAACGUCCAGGUUCCUGGUGAGGACACCAACCUUGGCUGGUGGUUCGGUAUACUAGGCGUUAUUUUGGGUCUGAUUUGCUCCGCUUUGGUCAUUCUUAAACGGUUUCGGAUUAUAUAG